UCGAUUGGUCGAGCCUGAGCCAGCAUGGCGGCGCCCAUGUAACCCGCUGCGCACCGCGAAGGCCACGGCGCCGCCGCCCGCUGGGGUCAGAGGCCGCCAUGCUGAGGGCGGCGCGGAGGGUGCUGAGUGCCGUCCGGACCCAGGCCCCUGUCCUCGGGCUGCCGGGGGGAGCGUGCGCCCGGCUUCCUUCCGACCCCCGGGUCCUCCCCUCCCCUCCCCGCGGUGAGGAGCUGAGAAACGGGACUGCAGGAGUAGGGGAAGGGUUCGGCGGAGGUGGAGGUCUCCUCCCGGCCGCCCGCGGCUAUGCCAUCCAGAGACCAGUCCGUCCCAGCCAAGAAGAUGACCCGCCCCCUUCCACGCUCCUCAAAGAUUACCAGGACGUCCCUGGAAUUGAGAAGGUUGAUGAUAUCGUGAAAAGACUCUUGUCUUUGGAAAUGGGGAAUCAGAAGGAGAAGCUAAAAAUCAAGAAAGAACAAUUGAUGAACAAGGUUGUGGCAAACCCUGAGGACACCAGAUCCCUGGAGGCUCGAAUUGUUGCCUUGACUGUCAAGAUCCGCAAUUAUGAAGAACACAUGCAGAAACAUCGAAAGGACAAAGCUCUCAAGCGCUAUCUGAUGAUGAGCAUUGACCAGAGGCAAAAGAUGCUCAAAAACCUCCGUAAGACCAACUACAGUGUCUUUGAGAAGACGUGCAAGGACCUGGGGAUUGAGUACAUCUUCCCCCCUAUGUACCACCGAAAAGCCCACCGCCGCUGGGUGACCAAGAAGGCUUUGUGCAUUCGGGUUUACCAGGAGGCUCAAAAGCUAAAGAAGCAAAAAAGGGCCUUAAAAGCAGCAGCAGCAGCCCAGAAACAACGCCUGAUGAACCCAAUAAGCUCUCCCAAAGCUGAACCAGAGGCAGUCAAGGAAAACCAAUAAAUUUUGUUGAAGUUUUA